UCCAACCAACUGAGCCACCCAAGCGUCCCUGGUUCCUACAUUCUUAAAGGCUCUCGUGACUUCUGUCCAUCCACUAAUAAGCAAUAUGGAACUUGACGGAGUUUUGGAAUAUAGCCAUAUCUUCACAUGACACCCAGAACUUCCUGCAAAAGCCAAGCAUAGAAGCUUCUUUCCCAAAAGUGACAAUGGGUAGAUACAAAGAUAGUGCUCUUGAAAAUACAUACUUAAUAACAGACCAGGAAAGUAAUAGAGAGAGGGAAGGGCAUCAAGGAUACAAUGAAGGACAGAGCCCAUCUGAGGCAAUGGCAUCUAAUAAGACUCAAAAUGACCCAAAUAGUGUAGGAUAUAAAACAUCAUGGAAAACUUCCCUUUUUAAGUCAGCUGCUUCCACAAAGCAGUGUGUUUCUGUCAGCAAAAGCUCCAUUCAAGUAUUCCAACAUAGCUCUUUGCAGAAAGACAGUUUGGACAAUCUGGAAAGUUAUCUAGUCUGUGCUGAAAACAAUGAUUGGAACCAUUUUCAAAACGGGAUUGGAUUGACCCCAUCAGAUACUUCUGAAAAUCAGAGAUUGAAUAAUGAAGAACAAAGUGCUAAGCGGGAUCCAUACGAGAGGGGCUUCACUGAGGAGUCGACCCUCCAGAAUGACCAGAGCCCUUCCAAUGGAGACAGCAUUGCUCAGUGCCCUGAAUCUGAGAAAACACUUAACCAGGGCUGCAGUGUUCAGAGACGUGUGAGGACUCAGUUUUCAGAGAACCAGUAUGAAUGUUAUAAAUGUGGGGAAGUCUUUCAUCAGAGGUCUAGCCUUAUUACACAUGAGAGUAUCCAUUUGGGAGAAAAUCCUGAUGAAUCCAGUCAGUGUGAGAAUGGUCCUCAGCAGUCCUCCAGUAUUGGUGAUGAUCAGAGAAUUCAUGAGGCCAAAAACCCAUUCAGAUAUGCUAAACGUGGUCCCACAUUUAGUCAGUCAUCAAGACUAAGUAGAAAGAAGACUAUCCCUAGUGGAGAGAAAACACCCAUUUUUAAGGGACGUGGUAAAGUCUUUGACUCACACUCAACCCGAUCUCAGCAUCAGCAAAUUAAUACUGAAAUGAAAUCAUACAAAUGUGAAGAAUGUGGUAAAAUCUUUAAGUACUGCUCAUCCCUAAGGAAACAUAGGCAAAUCCAUACUGGAAAGAAACUCUACAAAUGCAAAGAGUGUGGCAAAGUUUUUAAAAUUCGCUCAACACUUAUUCAACACCACAGAAUUCAUACUGGAGAGAAACCUUACAAAUGUAAGGAAUGUGGUAGGUCCUUUAACCAGCUGGCACACCUUACUCGACAUCACAGAAUUCAUACUGGAGAGAAGCCUUACAAAUGUCAAGAAUGUGGCAAGGCCUUUAAGGAGCGCUCACGCCUUGAUCAACAUCACAGAAUUCAUACUGGAGAGAAACCUUACAAAUGUAAGGAAUGUGGUAGAUCCUUUAACCAGCAAGCACACCUUACUCGACAUCACAGAAUUCAUACUGGAGAGAAACCUUACAAAUGUCAAGAAUGUGGCAAGGCCUUUAAGGAGCGCUCAUACCUUGAUCUACAUCACAGAAUUCAUACUGGAGAGAAGCCUUACAAAUGUCAGGAAUGUGACAAGGCCUUUUACCAGAGUUCAUUGCUUAGUGCACAUCACCGAAUUCAUACUGGAGAGAAACCUUACAAAUGUAAGGAAUGUGGCAAGGCCUUUAACAAGCGCUCAAGACUUACUCGACAUCACAGAGUUCAUACUGGAGAGAAACCUUACAAAUGUCAAGAAUGUGACAAGGCCUUUAAGUGUCACUCAACCCUUAGUAAUCAUCUCAGAUUUCAUACUGGAGAGAGACCUUACAAAUGUCAAGAAUGUGGGAAGGGCUUUCACCAGAGCUCAGGGCUUAGCCAACAUCACAGAAUUCAUACUGGAGAGAAACCUUAUGAAUGUCAAGAAUGUGGCAAGGCCUUUAAUGAUCGCUCACGCCUUGAUCAACAUCACAGACUUCAUACUGGAGAGAAGAAACUUUACAAGUGUCAAGAAUGUGACAAGGCCUUUUCCCAUAGCUCAUUGCUUAGGAAACAUCACCGAAUUCAUACUGGAGAGAAACCUUACAAAUGUAAGGAAUGCGGCAAGGCUUUUAAACAGCGCUCACACCUUACUCGACAUCACAGAGUUCAUACUGGAGAGAGACCUUACAAAUGUCAGGAAUGUGACAAGGCCUUUAAGGGUCAUUCAACCCUUAGUAAUCAUCUCCGAUUUCAUACUGGAGAGAAACCUUACAAAUGUCAAGAAUGUGGCAAGGCCUUUCACCGGAGGUCAUUGCUUACUGCGCAUCACAGAAUUCAUACUGGAGAGAAACCUUACAAAUGUAAGGAAUGUGGUAAGGCCUUUAGCCGAACUUCAGCCCUUACUCACAUCACCGAAUUCAUACUGGAGAGAAGCCUUACCAAUGUCAAGAAUGUGGCAAGGCCUUUAGCCGGCCUUCACAACUUACUCAACAUCACCGAAUUCAUACUGGAGAGAGACCUUACCAAUGUCAAGAGUGUGGCAAGGCCUUUAGCUGGCCUUUUGACCUUACUUGGCAUCACCGAAUUCAUACUGGAGAUCAACCUUACCAAUGCCAAGAAUGUGGCAAAGCCUUUAACAAGCGCUCACACCUUGAUCAGCAUCACAGAAUUCAUACUGGAGAGAAACCUUAUAAAUGUAAGGAUUGUGGCAAGGCCUUUUCAUUGCACUCAAACCUUCUUAAGCAUCACAGAAUUCAUACUGGAGAGAAACCUUACAAAUGUGAAGAAUGUGGCAAGGCCUUUUACCGGCGCUCACACCUUACUAACCAUCAUAGAAGUCAUCCUGGCAAGAAACUUUAAAAAUUUAAAGUCUAGGAGUAAGGACUGUAAAAACCCUUACAUCACAGACCUUGCAUCCAGUGUAACUGGAGAAUAGCUAUACACAUCUAAAGAAGUCCACCCUCUCUCUCCUUGAAACUCACAACAUCGUAGUUUUCAUAUGGGAGCAACAUGGUAAAAUGUGAUGAAUGUGGUGAAACCUUUAACUGGAAUUAAGUCUAUACUCAGUGUCCCAAUAUGCACACUAUGUUCAAACCCUAGAAACAUGAUUGUGGAAAGACCCUCAUUUUAAUACACACGUUCGCAAAGUGCUAAAGAAGGUAAAUUGAAUCAUACAAAUAAUUAGAAAACUCUGAUUGAACAUCUAAUGUCAAUAAAUGUCACAGAUACCAAGUAAAAGGAGUGUAUCAGUCCCUCUAUUCAGACAGUACUCGUUAGUCCAAGAAAAAGGAUCAAGUUAAACACUUGGAAAAUGCAUAUGCUGUUACGUUGGAAAGAUUCAGUGGGGGAGUUUUUAAGGGUACAAUUAGUUUUGAUGUGCUUUUUGUUAUAUUGAGCCUUUUUGAGGUUUGUGACCAACAAAUAUUAAUGUACUUUAUUCUCGAAUCUCUUCUGGAGAUUGAGUUA